ACCUAGAUAAACCCAAGAUCUGAUGCCCCGCCCUUUGUUCUGCAUGUCCAACUCAUCCCUACAUCACCAUGCCCGAUGAUUCUCGGAAAUCCUCUCUAGAGGCUAUUGCCCAACCAGAAGCCCUCCUACGCUCCGCCUGUACAGAGUGUCAUCGACGGAAGCAGAAAUGUAACCGUCAAUGGCCCUGUAACAGCUGUCAGAAGCGAAAAGUCGCUGACCAAUGUCGUUUCAGGGACGAUUUCAAGGCUGGCUCCGGCGAAGAUGCUUGGUCGGCUUCUGUUGAGGUGAAGAGAAAGAGAGAUGAGGUGGGACGGGAGGACGAGAGCGAUUCGGAUGUUGGUGAUGUUUUGGAAGCGAUUGGAUAUGGUCGACUUCAUUUGUUGACCAAGCUUGAUCAAGACUCAGGGAGUACAAAGCCUUCUGAGCAGUACAGGCUCGACCCAAAGAACAGCGCUCAAUUGAAGCGAGCUUUGGACGUGUUACCGCCGAGACACGUCGUUGAUUCCCUGGUCCAGAGUUUUCUGGACGUUGUCAACUUUUACUACUACAUCGUCUACCCACCCUACUUUAGCAAAGAGUAUGCCCGCUGGUGGGAUGACUACACCAAAGGUCGACCUUGUGGUGUUCAAUGGACGUGCUUGCUACUCAUGGUUUGCGCGUGUUCAGUGCAGCAUGUCGAUGGCCAGCUCAGAACCAAGAUCGAGAGUGAUGUUGGUGAAUCUGUCAAGGAACUAACGCAGAAAUACCACGAUGCUGCUCGAGAGCUUCACAGCGCUAUUCCUGUUGGCUACGGACAUGUUUACACAGUUCAGUAUCUAUUGCACUCGUGCUACUGGUUCAAGGCCGAGGCGCGGUUUGCAGAGUGCUGGCAAGUCCUCGGUGCUGUUGUUCGCGAAGCCCAAAUGAUCAAUCUUCAUAAAAAACCCGAGGACCAACUGCCUGGAUUCGAGCUGGAGAUGAAGAGACGACUAUGGUGCAUCGUUGACUCCUGGGACUGGCUUGUUUCAUCACUAUUGGCACGGCCAAUGCUCAUCGAUCGUGCGGAAUGUGACGUCGGUCUUCCAAGUCUUACGCUUGAAGACUACCCAGCUUCUCCCAUGUUGCAUCUCAAGCUCCAGUCCGAACUUGUCAGCCUCAUAUUCAAACGCUUUGGUCCACCAAAGAUUCUGACUGAGCCUGAUGAAAUCCGAGACUACCAGGCCAUUUUAGAAGGCUUCAUGAUGACCUUUCCGCCUGAGUAUGCUCUGGAUCAUCCUAAUACGCCCACUAACGAGGAUCUGCCAUGGAUUGCCUUGCAUCGUCACUACAUGCAUACUUGCACUCUCUCCAUUGCUCUUGGCCCUUUCAGAGGAUACAUGGCCAAGUCGAUGAAGAAGUCAACAGCACCUGCUAUUGAUCUCGAGUUUCGAGAGACAGGCAUUGACUACGCCCUUCGUCUCAUGGAAGCUGUCCAUCGGUUCUUCGAGUACGUAUGGACUAGAGAUACGACCUUCCACUUUGUGCCAUUCUGUAUCUUCGACACAGCAGCGCUCCUCUGCUCAGUCAUCAUACACGCUGAAGAUGGGCUUGUGCCACGCCGCGAGGAAGUUAUCGGCUCUAUCGCUAGAGCAUUCUCGACUCUGAAGAAACUGCGCACUGCUACGAACACAGCCAAAGCUCCCUAUGACGUGUUACGACGGCUGAUUAAGAAACUGCCGUCGACCGCCGGGAUGAAGGCUGUUGAUGCUCAUAAGAAGCGUCGAUUCGAUACACCACCUGGAAACAAUGGCGCUGUUCACAUUUCUGCAACCGCUACACUUCCAAGCUCGCAGCCAGCCAAUAUUGCGCCAGCUCCGGUACAGGUGUCGGUUCAACCUGCGCAGCAUGUUCUUCCAGCUGCUCAAUAUCACCCAUACAACAAUCCGCCUGCAGUGGUCCCUGGCAGGAUGCAGGCUGGUCAGCAGCCUUUCAUGCCAUGUCCCGAGCAUGUUCAAGACCCGCAGUUCCAGAACUACCCCUACUCUCAGCAGAUGAACCCCACUGUGCCAAUCGGCCAGCUGUGGCCUGAUGACAUCACCAGAAACAUGCAGAGUUUUACUGCUGGGCAGCCGCAGUUUGAUAUGGGAUGGCAGACGAUCUCUGACGCUGAGCUUGGUGACCUUGCCAUGUUGUGGAAUUGGCAGAGUCUGAAUUUGGGUUUCACUACUAAUCCUAUCUACCAGAAUCGGGAACAAAUCUGAUGAUGGUAUAUAUUACGAGUUGUCUUCGGAGGCAGGUCUCGACGCUCCUUUGAAGAUAUUCUGGUCAUGGCAUCAUGGUCUAGGUUAGGUCUUAGGACCUUUACGGUAAUUUGUUGACCAGAAAUCUUCCUUAACUUCACAAUGCUAUCAAAAGUUAUUAUGCCAGAGUUUCCUUUGCAAGACUAGAUUUCCAACUUGAUUCUUAUCCUUACCCCGCCGCUUGGUCCUCCCAGCGUCAUUCCGAACGUCUUAAAUACAGUCAUAG